AUGAGCUCUUAUUUCGUCAACUCACUGUUCUCCAAAUACAAAACCGGGGAGUCCCUGCGCCCCAAUUAUUAUGACUGCGGCUUCGCCCAGGACCUGGGCGGCCGACCCACCGUGGUGUACGGUCCCAGCAGCGGCGGCAGCUUCCAGCACCCGUCGCAAAUCCAGGAGUUCUACCACGGGCCAUCGUCGCUGUCCACGGCUCCCUACCAGCAGAACCCGUGUGCCGUGGCGUGCCACGGAGACCCCGGCAACUUCUACGGCUACGACCCGCUGCAGCGCCAGAGCCUGUUCGGUGCGCAGGAUCCAGACCUGGUGCAGUACGCAGACUGCAAGCUCGCGGCCGCCAGCGGCCUGGGCGAGGAGGCCGAGGGGUCUGAGCAGAGCCCGUCGCCCACACAGCUCUUCCCAUGGAUGCGCCCUCAAGCAGCCGCCGGACGCAGGCGAGGCCGCCAGACCUACAGCCGCUACCAGACCCUGGAGCUGGAGAAGGAGUUCCUAUUUAAUCCCUAUCUGACUCGCAAGCGGAGGAUCGAGGUAUCGCACGCUCUGGGACUGACAGAGAGACAGGUCAAAAUCUGGUUCCAGAACCGGAGAAUGAAGUGGAAAAAGGAGAACAACAAAGACAAGUUCCCCAGCAGUAAAUGCGAGCAAGAGGAGCUGGAGAAAGAGAAGCUGGAGCGGGCGCCAGAGACCGCCGAGCAGGGCGAUGCGCAGAAGGGUGACAAGAAGUAG